GCCGCCGCUGGCGCUCGCGGGGACUGCCAGGCUCCGCGCGGCCCCCAGCCCCGCGCCUGCCGCGUCCGCGCCGCACAGUUGCCCAUGGCUGACCUGAGCUUCAUCGAGGAUGCAGUCGCCUUCCCCGAGAAGGAGGAAGACGAGGAGGAGGAAGAGGAGGGCGUGGAGUGGGGUUACGAGGAAGGUGUUGAGUGGGGGUUGGUGUUUCCUGAUGCUAACGGGGAGUACCAGUCUCCUAUCAACCUAAACUCCAGAGAAGCCAGGUACGACCCCUCACUGUUGGAUGUCCGCCUGUCUCCAAAUUAUGUGGUCUGCCGGGACUGUGAAGUCACCAACGAUGGACACACCAUUCAAGUUAUCCUGAAGUCAAAAUCAGUUUUGUCAGGAGGACCGCUGCCUCAGGGACACGAGUUCGAACUCUACGAAGUUAGAUUUCACUGGGGAAGAGAAAACCAGCGUGGCUCUGAGCACACGGUUAAUUUCAAAGCUUUUCCCAUGGAGCUCCACCUGAUCCACUGGAACUCCACGUUGUUUGGCAGCAUCGAUGAGGCAGUUGGGAAGCCCCACGGCAUUGCCAUCAUUGCGUUGUUCGUCCAGAUAGGGAAGGAGCAUGUUGGCUUGAAGGCAGUGACUGAGAUACUCCAGGAUAUCCAGUAUAAGGGAAAAUCCAAAACAAUACCCUGCUUUAAUCCUAACACUUUAUUACCAGACCCUCUUCUGCGGGAUUACUGGGUCUACGAAGGCUCUCUUACUAUCCCACCUUGCAGCGAAGGAGUUACCUGGAUAUUAUUCCGAUACCCUUUAACUAUAUCCCAGCUGCAGAUAGAAGAAUUCCGAAGGCUGAGAACACAUGUUAAGGGGGCAGAACUUGUAGAAGGCUGUGAUGGGAUUUUGGGAGACAAUUUCCGACCUACCCAGCCCCUGAGUGACAGAGUCAUUCGAGCUGCAUUCCAGUAGCCAGAAAGACUGUGAUCAAACCCAUCUGCAUCAGGGAGGAAGACAGUGGUCCCAUGGAGCCCUUGGAUGAGGAGUGGAACCUCUUGAGUGGCAGCUUCCUUUGAACCCUCAAGCCUGCAUUGUCUUCCGCUUCUCCAGCUUGGAUGGAUAUCUGUGACCAUUGUCUGCGCACAUGCUGUUCUGAAAUAUUAGAAGUGGCUGUUGACUGGAAAGGAACUCAGUGUGUGCGCACGCCACGGCUGCUGAUAGUCAGACUUGCACAUACUGCUUAUUGCUAAUGUGUAGAAAGAGUGAAAAUAGUUUUCAGACCUAUUGAUAGGACUGUGUCGUAUAUCAAUGAGACAAAAGAAAGCCUCCACAUUUCCAGAGCCAAGUUGUUCAUUUCCUGUCUGUAUUAAAAAAUAUGCUCAUCCCCAGCCUAGUGUAAUUCUUAAUAAUAAUACAAGAGUUUUGAUUCACAACAGCCUAGAAUUUCAAAAUACAACAUGAAAGAGUCAUAAAAAUUAUUGUGUGUGGUUUUUUUUUUAAAUUAUCAUACCAAAUUUAAUAUCAACCUGGUUUGUUAUAGAAAACAAUUUUGGAAUUAAUGCAAAAAUACUUUAUAUAUUAUUUUUUAAAGAAUUAAACUAAUAUAGUUAGAGCAUAUCUGAAACUAUGGCUUCUACGAAGUUAAGAAUAGCAUAAGAAAUAAGUAGGAAGAAAGAAGGGCACAGUGAUAACUUUGUUUUUCAUAAUAGAAAUAUAAUUCAGUAGUAUACUAGAUUAAUUUAGUAUUGUACACUCUGUAAGUCUUCAAAAUACUUUAUUCUAUAGAUUGCACUUCUGUGUUGAGGUAAGAUAGGGUUGACCAUAGCCUUGUAUUAAGAGUGGCUGUCCAUUUAGCAUGUCUUUAGUCACAGUUCAGUGUGACAGAAUGGUGUAAAGCAGUAGAGAUACUGGCAGAAAGCAAGAACUUAAUAAAUAAAUGUUAUUGGUGGCUGUAAUUGAUGGAAAAAAGACAACAAAUCAAUUUGGAAGUAUUUUGUGGUGGUAGGUAGAAUAUAACCACCUAUGCGAAGAUUUUAGAUCUGUUGGGUAGAGGCUGCAUUAAUGGAAACAAUACAAAUAAAAAGUUACAAGAGACCUCCCAGAAAACAGAAGCAAAAAAGGUUCAAUGUAGAGUCCUGGGUAGGAAGGAAGACUAGAGCUGUGGUCCUGAGGAACGUGGGAGACGAGAAGGGUCAGUAGCCCUAGAAUGCAACAGAGCAGCCACGCGCAGGCCUCCAGCGGCAUAGACAGGGCCUGGAUGCUUCCUUUUUGUAGCUUUUAGUAUCUGCUAAAAAGAAAAGAGCAAAGUACAGGUUAAAUAAAAAAAAAAAAAAAACAACAACAAAAAAGCAACCCUGCAAUCUAAACCUCUACAUCAUCCAGGGUAGCAUUAUGAGACACGAUCAGCCAUAGCUGCAGGGAUAUCGUAGUUUAUAGUUACUGGACCAGCUCUAAAGACUUUCAUGCUUGGCAUGCUUAGAACUUCUUUUGUAGAUCAGUGACUGGGACACAAUUAGGCAUAGGCAUCUGUGUCUCCACUCCUGCAGACAGACUUGGACUUGAGUUCUUGGUUUUCAUGUGUCAUACUUCCUUCAGUCUCUAACCAUAUGACCCUGAAAUGUAUGAAGUGGAAAAUGUAACAACAAAAACUAAUAUAAUUGACCUCCAGAGUGAUAUAUAACACUCACAUGCUUAUCCUCUAGUCUAAGAUAAGAAUUUCAUAAAGCAACUAAAAUUA